CCCCGCCCGGGCUGUGGCGCGCGCGCUCGCUGGCUCUCCCUUCAUUUUUUUUCUCCCCUCCCUCCCAGCCUCUCUCCCUCUCUCUCUCUCCCUCGAGCUCCCGGCUGCCUGCGGCUCCCUCGCUCUCCCUCUCUCUCCGGUAGGCUCCACCGAGCGAUGCGAGCUCUGGGAGACAGCGACGCCGCCUCCCGCUAGAGACCUGCCCCCCGACCCGGCCCCCUGCCCAACCCUGCCCUGCGCGCAGGGGUCGGCGAAGGCGCCGCGGACGCACCGACGGCUGAGGACCCGCGAUGCACAUGCACUAGCAGCACCCCCUCUCUCACUCCCUCCACACCCCGCGCCGCCGCCUCCUCCUCCUCUGGCAGCAGCGGCAGAAGGACCCACCCUGCCCCCCACCCCACCCUCCGCCGGCUCCGGCUGCGGCUCUUGCCUCAACUAUUAUUUUAUUUAUUUUGGGUCGUGCACAAGCCUCAGUGCCUGCAGCCCGCGCCUCCUCGGACCGCGGGCGCCUCUUCCCUCGGCCCCGGAGCCCCAGACCCCGGCCACCUUCGCCUCGACACCCCUAGAACCCGCCAGCUACCGCAAGUCUCCGCUGCUGGAAUCUUAGCGGCUGUCUUUUUGGGGGGUUCUGGUUUCCCGACAUUUUUGUUUUCAACCAAGGGAAGGAUAUCGUGGUUUUUUCCCCUUUGAGCCCAGGCUCUGCUCUCUGGGGGGGUGGGGGGCGCGCCGAGCCGGGGAGCCGUGCCAGCCGAGUCGUGCGGGCUGUGGCAGGGAAGGGGCCACCAUGGGAUGUACUCUGAGCGCAGAGGAGAGAGCCGCCCUCGAGCGGAGCAAGGCGAUUGAGAAAAACCUCAAAGAGGAUGGCAUCAGCGCCGCCAAAGACGUGAAAUUACUCCUGCUGGGGGCUGGAGAAUCAGGAAAAAGCACCAUUGUGAAGCAGAUGAAGAUCAUCCACGAAGAUGGCUUCUCCGGAGAAGACGUGAAACAGUACAAGCCUGUUGUCUACAGCAACACCAUCCAGUCCCUGGCAGCCAUCGUCCGGGCCAUGGAUACUUUGGGCAUCGAAUAUGGUGACAAAGAGAGAAAGGCCGACGCCAAGAUGGUGUGUGAUGUGGUGAGCCGGAUGGAAGACACCGAGCCCUUCUCCGCAGAACUGCUCUCGGCCAUGAUGCGGCUCUGGGGUGACUCAGGAAUCCAGGAAUGCUUCAACAGGUCUCGGGAGUAUCAGCUCAACGAUUCCGCCAAAUACUACCUGGACAGCCUGGAUCGGAUCGGGGCCGCUGACUACCAGCCCACCGAGCAGGAUAUCCUCCGAACCAGGGUCAAAACCACUGGCAUCGUGGAAACCCACUUCACAUUCAAGAACCUCCACUUCAGGCUGUUCGACGUCGGGGGCCAGCGAUCUGAACGCAAGAAGUGGAUCCACUGCUUCGAGGACGUCACAGCCAUUAUCUUCUGUGUCGCGCUCAGCGGCUAUGACCAGGUGCUCCAUGAAGACGAGACCACGAACCGCAUGCACGAGUCCCUGAAGCUUUUCGACAGCAUCUGUAACAACAAAUGGUUCACAGACACGUCCAUCAUCUUGUUUCUUAACAAGAAGGACAUAUUUGAAGAGAAGAUCAAGAAGUCCCCGCUAACCAUCUGCUUCCCUGAAUACACAGGCCCCAGUGCCUUCACAGAGGCCGUGGCUUACAUCCAGGCCCAGUACGAGAGCAAGAACAAGUCAGCCCACAAGGAGAUCUAUACCCACGUCACCUGUGCCACUGACACCAACAACAUCCAGUUUGUCUUUGACGCCGUGACGGACGUCAUCAUCGCCAAAAACCUGCGGGGCUGUGGCCUCUACUGAGCCCCAGCCUCACCGACCAGCUGCCCGCCUCCCUGCCUGGACUGCCACCCCACCCCACCCCUAGGACCAGAGCUCCGUCGCCUCUCAGACCGCUCUCUGCACUUGACAAAGAAGCGCCAGCCACUGGCACUGAGGAAGGAGGAGGAAACACCCUCCACCAGCCGCCCCUCCCCUGGACAUCAGAAGGCGUGGUAACACAGGGCCUGGGCCGGGGUGCCGAGUGCCCGCACCACUGGCCUCCGCUUUAUCUCUGAGAGUUCUGUCCUGGGGAGAGGGGUGUGGGGGCCAAGGCCACCAUUUGGCCCAGAAUGGGUAUGCACUACACUUGGUGACUCAUACUCAAAGUCCCAGGGUCUCCUCCUGUGUGGGGGUGGCUCUGGGGCAGGGUGCUGGCUGGGGUGGGGGCCGCGGGAGCCACUGCUCAGCCUCUCCUGGGGUCUUUUCUGGUCAAGUGCGGCUGCGUCACCAAAAGCCAGGGUGGGACCAGCCCAACCACGUGUGGGUCCCAGGGCUCAGGCCACGGCUAGUGCCUCCCUCCUCCUUGUGCCUGGAUCUCGGCCCUCUGGCACGAGCCCCUUCUUCUCUGGACCAUCAUCCCUCCUUGCACACUUUGGAGGUUCCCAUUGCCUUCUGGGGAACCCCCAUCCCUGACUCCUCGUAGGUCUGGAAAUGUUUCUGAGACUGACUUAUUGCAAAAGGCACGUGGUUGAUGGUCAGAGCGGUCGAGUCCCACGCCUGGAAGGAAGUCUAGGAGGAGGUGGGAGGCGGCAGGGGAGGGGAGGCUGAGGGGAAGUAGCUCUGGGGUCGACCGGGAUGGGGCCUCACCCCCAGUGCUUGCGGGCUCAAGGAUGACCCGUUCACUUUCUCCCAUCACCUGGGUCUCUGGCAACUGCUCCAGAACGUGAGUAGUCAGUCGCGCUCUCCCUUCUCAGAUUCACAGUGAAUCCGCUCAAACCAGCAAGGCCAGGCAGGGGGGCCCCUCAGGCACCGUGUUCUGAGGUUGAGGAGGCCCCGGGGAGGUGCUGAUGUGGCCCCUGCAGCCAAUAGCGCAGCUUCCUUCUGUCUCGGUGAAGAAAACAGAGUUUGUCCAGAGCUGUGGGUGUCCUGCCAGCCCUCAGGGGCAGAGGAGGAAAGACAGAUGGGGCCACCAUCCUGGGAGGCCCAGACUGGCUCAGACACAUACCCACCUCCCCCACCCCCCGCCCCACUUCUCUGGAGAGAGAGUCCUAGAACACCCUGGAGGGGCUUUGCUGCAGAGAUUCUUGAGCAGAAAGGGGUGGGGUGACUUCUUUUGGUGACCCAGGCCCUGGCUGGCCUCGGGCAAUCAACAUACCUCUCCCUUAUACCCAGGAGCCUCCAGCGGGCUCACGCCAACACCCUAGGCAGGCCCUGUGUGCUUGUUUGGCAGUCGGUCCUAGGAGUCAGAUGUGCCCAUGGUAGGGGAGAGGGCUGCCCCUUAAGAGGCCUCUGACCCCUUCCUCGAGCCCUCUGUGCUCUCGGCCUCACUCUGGGCUCUGUUCCUGGACUCCCACUACAGCCCCUGGGCUGCCCCAGAGCCAGGAAGAGCCCUGUGCCAACAGCUCUGGGCUUCUUGGUUCCGGUAGGCACAGAGCUCUGGGUGGUGCGCAGGAAACCCAGGGCAUCCUCCCUAGUGCCAAAUGCCUGCAGGGAUGCGUGCCACUGGGAAGCUACACCCCUCGUCCGGCGCACUUACUGCUGCCCCCGUCCUUGUAGGAAGUCACCGGGCAGCCAGGCUGCAGGGACCAACCCCCCCACCAGCCCAAACCCACUUCAGCUUUGCUUGCCUUGUUGCGUGCUGGACUUUGCACCAGGUGCUGGGUCGUGGCAGAGGACAGGCCCCUAGAACCAACAGUCUCUGUGUCCUACCGUGAGCAGCCAAGGCCGGUGAGGCCAUUUUGUCCAACAGUGAAGACGUAGCAGGUCUUUCCUGGCAUCACCCCCCCCUGGAAGUGAUCUGCUGCACCCCUAACUCUGCCCCGUGACCCCAGACUCAAAAGCAGCCACCAAGAGGAGGCGUGCUUGGACAACCCCACCUCUAAGGCCAUUGCCCUGGAGGUGGAAGUCACUGGCCCUCUGGGCCCAGGGUUCUCCAUCGGCCAGCUGCCCCCACCCUCCCCUGUGGCACCAGGAGGCUGGAGGGGCAGGUUGCCUGGGGCCUUCCUGUCCUUCUGUGCCCCGGGCUGCCCUGCUGCUGCCCGCAGUGCUCUCGCCGUCCCACCCUAGCCUGCCGUGGAGUCCUCGGCUGUCUAACGGAAGCCCACACGGAGAGGCCAUCCGGGACAAAGUUCCCUCCUUGUCCACUGCGUCUCCCAUCCACGUCGUUACUGGUGGCUCCAGCAUGGGGAGGGAUGACUGAGGGUGACAGAUGAGUUCUGGCUCCGUCGUGGGUGUGGAUGUAAGGGGACGAUGUUGUGAGAGACCAGGCAUUGGGGGGCGGGGUGGUGUCUCUCAUCCAUGGUGGCUUCGUGCGUGUCCCCAAAGGACCAUGCCUUAAACUCUAUGAAUGGCUCUAAUUUAGCAGGCUGAGGGGAAACUGGAUUUCUAGGAGGGACGCCUUUGCCAAACCCAUGAAAAGUGUGCCUGCCAUUUAGAUGCCUGUGGGCAAGUUCUGUGCCCUGCACCGAUUGCCCUCACAAAAGCCCAGUCUGGGCCUUCCCGCUGAGAACUGUGGUUCCCCAGGGCUCUCCAGCCUCCCUGGAGGGAGCCGGGCCUGAGGCCCAGGUCAGGGCUCAGUUGAGCCUGUGGCCUUUGGCCUGAGGAGGGCGUGGGCUCCACCCUCCCCACCCCCCUCCCCUGACCAGAGGAGAAAGCACAGCUCUGCGUCUCUCGCCAUCAGCUGUGACAGUCUGGGUUCCAUGGCCAUCUUCCAUGGCGGCCUUAGAUGCCACGUGCCCUGGCCCUUCCUCUCCCGUCCGUCCCCAGCUGAGCCUGAGGGCCCACAGCCGUGUGCGCCGACUACCCAGGCGCGGUGGCUGAGCCCAAGCAGAGCCGCCUCUCCCCCAGCCCGGCUCCCCACCCCGCUGUGGGAACCAGGACACCCAGGCCCUCCAUGACUGCGCUGGGCAUCGGUGAGUCUCCCCCAGGGCGGGCAGCAGCGGCGGGGGACCUCCCCACGCAGAACCCCAGCAGGGCAGCCCGGGACCCCCCUAGCCAGGCCUUCCCUCCCGCCAGCAUGAGCCCCACAAGGCAGGGCCCCCACUGAGAGUGAGGGCAUGUACAGUCAUCCCCCAGGGGUUGAUUCUGCAAGUUUUUCCUGCCCCCUGCCUCCCUUCUUGCCCCCCCCCCCCACCUGGCCUCACUCACUCCUGCUCAUCUCCUGCCUCCUCCCCACCCGCCCCUACCCAGGCAGAGGUGAGUCCGGGUGCUGCUGUCCCUCUGCGUACAGCGGUCCCCCCUCCCAUCCCUGCCAGCGGUGCCCACCCCGUAUUAACUGUAAUUUUGUAAGAAGAGUGACUUGUUGGUUUAAUAAAUCUCUAGUUAUUGUAAUAAUUUAUUGGCUACCGUAAUGUAUUUAUUAGUCACCUGCCGUUAAUAAAAAGUGCCAGCUUUUUCUAGUGCAA